UUUUUUUUUUUUUUUUUUUUUUGGACGAAGUUGAUAAAAUGACCAUCAGGUAGUCAAAAGUUUUUAUUUUAACAAACGAGAAUAAGUGAGAUAACAAAAGGCGCAUUAAUUUAACAGGUAAAGUAAAAUGAUCAAUGAUUCAAAUUGGGCGCAGAUUGAUAUUUACAAGCGCGCAAAACUAUCUGAAAACGGCCAAAUUGGCACCGUGGAGUAGUGCAGCGUUUAAAGAGGCUAAACCAUUGAAAAGGCUAAACACAUUGACACAGUUGUACAAAAGCUAUCAGUCAUCAAAAAAGGAGAUAGCUCCGACACUCGUUAUAAUGUGGGAAAAAAGAACGAACAAAACGUUCCUUUUUACGUCCAUUUGCAUAUUAUAAAGAAAUGACUUUGAGAACAUUGCAACUUGUUCUGAAAAGAGGAUUCACUCAAAAGCAUAACGCUGUAGAGCCAACGGUUCUUAUUAAGAAACAUUUGGGGUCACGUCAAUUCAUUCUCAAUAAGCCCCGUGUGUUAAAUGCACUUGAUAUGGAAAUGGUCGACAUCAUUUAUCCAAACUUGAAGUCGUGGGAAGUAUCGGAUCAAGCCAAAGUAGUCUUUUUUAAGGGGAGGGGAAGAGCCCUUUGUGCUGGUGGAGAUGUAAAAGAUGUUGUCUGUAGCGUCAAAGAUCCCAAAAAACAUGAUGAUUUGGCUCAUCAAAUCGAAACAGAGUACGAUAUGCUUCAUUUUAUGGGCACCAUGAAGACACCUUAUAUUGCUGUAAUGGAUGGAAUUACAAUGGGUGCAGGUGGUGGUUUAUGUAGUUUUGCUCCUUUCAGAAUUGCCACAGAAAAUACUCUUUUUGCUAUGCCCGAAACUGCCAUUGGUUUAUUUUGUGAUGUGGGUGCAAGUUUCUUUUUAUCUCGACUAGAUGGACAUUUGGGUGCUUAUAUGGGUGCCACAAGUAGAAUUGUGAAAGGAGAAGAUGCCUUAUUUGCCGGACUUGCAACCCACUUUGUCCCUUCCUCUCGCAUUGAAGCCUUGGAAACGCGUUUAGCCGAAUUAGACCAUGUUACACAUGAUAUCGUUCAUCAAACCAUCGAAGACUUUGCAGUAAAGAAAGAUCAUCAACCUGCUACUUACACCUUACACGGUCAAAAUAGAAUUACCAUUGAUACAUGUUUUAAACACGAGCACAUGGAAGAUGUCCUAGAUGACUUAAAAGCUGAUGGAUCUAAACUCUCGCUUGAAACAAUCGAUACAAUCUUGAAACGUUCUCCAUCAGCCGUUAAAACUACACACGAGCAUAUUAGACGUGGUUCCAAGUUGUCCUUGAAGGAAUGCUUAAGAAUGGAACAUGUCUUGUGGCAGACUAUACCUUAUGCUCAUGACUUUAUUGAAGGUGUAACUUCUCAUGUUGUGCUUAAAAAACAGCCUAAAUGGAACCCUGCUACAUUAGAAGAUAUAGAUUUGGAGAAAGACAUCAAAGUAAAGCGGUUCCACGCAAAUAUCAGAAGAAAAUUGUUCUUCUCCAACGAUCAAGAUUUCCAUGAACUUCCUUACAGACGUUACGCUUUACCUUCAGAAAAGGAAAUUUUGGAUUCCAAAUAUAUGCACAGUUUAAGAACUGUAGAAGAUACGGUACAAUGGUUUGAAAACGAUAGAAAUGGAAAGUUUGGCGUGCGUCAUAAAGUAGAGGAUGUGCUUGAUAGAAACCUUAGAAUUUUAAAUUAGAUUGUAUCAUUAAAAAUCCCCUUUUUUAAUUGCUGUCUAUACCCACAGUCAGGAAAUACCAUAC